AGCAGCCUUUUGCUGAGAGGGGGCAACAUUGACUCCAACGACGAUUCAUCAUUAUCCCUUGCUUUACAGCUGUUCGAGGAGAAUAAGAUUAAUACUAAUAUUUUACUCUCACCUUUAUCAAAUCAAAUGGGUUCUCGAGGCACUUCUCGCCGAGAUAAACAACCCAUGAGAAAUAUAAUUCCAUAUGAAGGGGAACCCUCGCCUUUGGCAAUACGUUCACCUUCACACUCACCCAUUCAUCAAAUCACCUAUCCAGAAGCACAUGCUUCUAAUCCUAUAUAUUCACCAGCCCAAUCCAAGUCUGCCUCCAUACCGAAUACACCUAGAUCUGCAUAUAUCGAAAGAGCCUAUCUUAUGGAUAUUACCAUAGAUGAACAACAUAUCCAUACAGAUCCCAUCAAACUUGCACCAUUAUAUUUAUUGAACCAUUUCAACCCUACCAAUGGGGUAAAAACCAGAGAAUAUUAUGAAGCCAUACUCAUGGAAAUUGGGUUCAUCUCUGUAGUCCAUUAUUACCAGCAGAAUACCAGAAUAAUUGCUUAUUCCAAGGUUCAAAUAAAAAAGUUACUUUCCUAUGACGAGUGGGGUUGCAAUCACACCCAGGGAAAGAAAUUGCACAAUCCAGAUUUCUCGUAUAAAUAUUAUAAAUAUGCCGAAUACAUAGAAGCCUGGCAUAAAUUCUUUUAUUAUCAAAAUCCAAAUAACACACACAGCUGGUACCUUCAGUUCCGGCUACUUGUUUUCGAAAGAUUCCCCACAUGGUUUCAAAAUUGGUUCUUGGUGUGGGGAUCAACAUCUUUAGUUUUACCUCUUGUUUUCAAAACCAUGCAGGAACAAUUUGUGCAAUACAAUAAUAGUGACAAUACAAUUGAAACGCACCUAUAUUUCAUGGCAUUAUAUCAAAUCCCAUGGAUCAGGAAAUGGGACUAUACUAUAUCAGUCAAUAAUACAGCCGAUUAUACCUAUAUUCCUCGAUUGGGGAAAACCAUUUCUGUAAAAUGGUGGGACAUUUUCAAAAUGGAUCUCACCACCACCACACCAAAAAGAAUACCCCAACAGACACCUAAAUAUCAGCAAAGCCCAAAUACAGCCAAUACCUCCUUUGACUUUCCAACCUACUUAAGAAAUAUGUUGCAAACUAAUCCCAAUGCAUCCAAGAAAGAACUAGAAAAACAAAUGAAAGAGAUUUUUGCUGAGGCUGGAAGAAAACCAGUAUCUUUCGAAGAAACUGUACAGUCCUCCCCACUUCACACCAAUAGAUACCUUCAAUUGAGUGAACCUGAUCCAAAAGAAGAGUCAGAUCCAAAAGAAGAGGAUCCAGACAAAUUCAAUCAACGACCGUGAACAGAAAAAGUCUCUACCAACAACAGCAAUACCAAUAAUCCAAUAAUCCAAAAGAGGAACAGUCUCCAGCGAUAAAGAUCCAUAAGAGACAAAGGCCAGCCGACAGAAAACGACAAAAGACUGUUUCAAGAUUCGAAGCACUGUACCCACUAUCAUAUACGACAAGAAGACACUUUAGCCACGUCUCCGACAAGAAGCACUGUACCAAGAUGCGCUUACUGUAGCCACUUGGGAAACAAACAAAUAGAGCACUGUACAUAAUGCUUUUCUGUUUUGUCUUUUCUAUUUUCUUUUGUCUCUUUCCUUUUUGCUGAACCACUUUUUACUUCACGACAAAGGAAUUCUUUCUUUAUUUUGAUUCCCUUCCUUUUGACGUGUCACCUUGCUUCGUCUCCAAGCAACCUCCUUCGCCUAUAAAACGAGAAGACCUCUUCUCAUUUCAUCAAGGUCGAACUCAGCAACCUCAACCAUCCUCUUCGCUGCCUUCUCUCUCUGAGACUCUUCUACUCUGCUCUGAACUCUCUCGCUCUGAGACUUCUCUCUCUGAGUUCUCUCUCUUUGAGAGUUCUCUCUCUGAAAUCUCUCUCUGAGUCUAUUCUACCUCUCUUCUGUGUUCGGAAUAUUGCAUCAAACAUCAGAGCUAUCCUGACCUUCAUAGCUCUUCAUAUUCUAAGCAUAUGAUCAGGUUUUAUCCUUCACCUUUCUUUCUAUGUCCAUUAUGUGUGACUGCAAUCUAAAAUCUCUCCCUUCAUACUGUCCACAACACUGGAAACUGUUUUUCAGUUAUUGUAUUUGUACACAGUAAGUUUCAGAUUUCUAUAUUGUCUUUUCUUUUCUUUAAAAGUUUGUAAUAGUUCAGUUGCUCUAUUGUUGUAAACAUUAUGCAUUUGCUAUAAAAAGUUGUUCUAUCAGUUUAUAUCAUGCUGUGCAUAAAAUGCAGUUGAAAAUUUUAUUCAAUAUAAAGAUUGGCGAGUUAUCUUAUGCUCAAUGGUUUGUAAUUGAUAUCUCUAUUAUCCCUUUAUUUUGCAUACUCCUUUUUAUCCUUAACUAUUACAAAAUCCUACAAGAAUUUGUUAAAUACAAUAGCAUUUUAUUUACAUAUUUAUUCUAGCCUAAAUCAGUCUGGCUACAAACAUAUGUUGGCUACAAACACAUGUUAUAUACUUCUGAUAACUUCAUCUUCUGAAUUGAUUAAAUUAAGAAUCAAACAAUAGGCCUACAGUAGGACUGGGACUGUAGAUCCUGGGCGUUUUGGUAUCGAUUUGCAAAGUUAAUAUUUGAAAAUCUUCUAUACUAAGUUCAGGAGUAUUUGCUAUACUUGAUUAAGGAGUAUAGGUAGGAAUAACAAUAUGAUCGGUUGUUCUCCUUAUUCCUUGGAAUUGUAAAUCUGACUGUGGUAUUGAUUGUAUGGAUGAAGAAGAUUGGGUAGGAGGAGGUAGUAU